ACAUUGAUUUUCCCAUUAUUAUAUUAGCCGGGUAGAAUGGUGGACUACAGUAGCUGCCUCGCCUACAACUCCUCAUGACAGUGGCUGUAUGAGUUGGUGCCAGAGGUGGUCUUUCAAGCGGUGUGGCAGUGGCACUUUGAAAACUUUGUGAGAAAUGUCACAAACGAAGCUUUGUGAUACAUUUUAGGAAUGGCAUUUGCUAAGAAACGACAUGUUGACAGAAUGGAAAUACUGUCGCGAAAGCACCAGCGACAGAUGGAGGAUGAUUCUAUAUAUAACAUGAGUCAUGCAAGAGGACUACCUGGUCUCCCACCUCAGCCCCAGGCCUCUAGUGAAGAACCGUCAGAGCUUUACCAAAUUGUUCUCAGGCACAGCCAUCACCCACCCAUCCUCCAGAACACCUCUUGGACUCUGGCUGUCCCUUAUAAGGAGCAACGGCACCAUCGCACCCCCAGUGAGUCCAUUGGGAACAACUACAGCCCCCAGGCUCGUCACCUGAAGAUCAGAAACCUACAGAGGAGACCUGGAACCGUCAAAGACUCACUUGGGGAUGUACCUGCACCUUCAUCUAGCCCAGCUGAGAAGAGGAAGAGACUCGCCCCCAGGGGAUGGGAUUCAGCUCCUGACACCUCGAUCUCACCUGGACUUAAGCUCAGCCCCAGAGAGCCUCUGCCCCCCAUCAGCCGACCCCUGACCCCCAAACAGCAGCUGGACAUCAUGCGGAGCCAAGAGGAACAGAUGUGGCCUUUUGAGACAGAACCUACAGAAAGAGACCUGGAGAGGUACGUGUACUACAUUAGUAACGGCGUCCACAGCCCAAUGCUGGCCCACCAGCCUCCCCAGCAGAUUAAGAACAUAAUGAAGCUCCUGCCCCCUGGCAUUCAGGACAGCAGCAGGGACAUGGAGAUACUGAAGGGGAAUCUGCUAGACGAGGUCAACAAAGACUACGGCUUCAGUCUCAGGAAGAGCAUAGUUGACUACAUCCUGAGGGACCCGUCGGAGAGGCAGCGUUUGUUCAUCUCCAGCAUCCCCAGGCCCUUCCCCAGGAGGGUGAUCCGAGGGCCCGUCCCCUGGGUCUGCAACUACAGCCAGGCCCACACCUGGCAGAGCCAGCACCUCUUCACUCUCAACCCCAUGAUGGUCCACCUGCAGGACCUCUGGGUGAACAGUUUCUCCUCCUUGAGGUUUGUGAGACUAGGGGACCUUUUCUCUGCCAACUUCCCCCUGCUGCCCACCGAGUUUGAAGACCUGAUUCAGAGACAGUGCCAAAUCACCAGGGACGACCUGGCUAAUAGGUGGCUGCCACGCUGUGUGUCCCUGUUUGUCACCUACAAGGACCUUUGGCUGCCCCUGGUGCCCCAGAGUGACCACGUGGCCCCAGUCAGUGCUCAGGAGUUCUUCUCCUGCGUGGCCGCCCUCAUGUCCCUGCAGCUCCGGAGCUUGAUCAUUGCCUCCCUGCAGGACCUGCUCCAGUUCUUCACCCUGCACCAGGACGGGAAUGACUUUGGUGAAGUGUUUGACGAGAUGCGCUUCGUGCAGCCUCAGGUGCUGCUGGUCAAGCUGAGGGUGGAGGAGCCUCACAUUGUCUUCCUGCCCAGCCUUCAGGAAUGCUGGGAGCUCAUCCACCGGGGCUUCAUGGAGAUCAUCAAGAGCGCCCAGAAACUCCCACGGGUGGAGUGUAACCUAUUCCCAGAAAUCCAGGGACAGGGCCUUUAUCUGCACUCCGUCAGACCUGACGAGCUGCUGGUCACAGACCUGAUCAAUAGAGCCAAGAGCAUCUUCCAGAAGAACACUGUGGGACCAAAGAAGUACCUGAACGUGUAUAAGAAGUACAGCAACCUACUAGACAACACUGCAAAGCAGGAUAUAGUGGCAUUCCUCAAAGAAAAACACUCCCUGCAAGGUUUUACUAAGAAAAUCGAGGGUGUGCAGCAGUUGUGGAAGGAGAUUGCCUCAAUGCACAUCACGGUGCCCCUGUCCAUGUUUUGCCUGGACGUUCUGAGCCUGAACAAGGACCUGUGUGACCGCGCUGAGAGGCUGAAGGACAGGCUCAUCGUCUUCGAGGUGGACGAGAACCGAGAGCUCAACAAGAGCAUCUGUCACCGCUAUGACGAGAUCGCUGCAACCAUCACAGGGGCCCCAGGCAACACAGAGGAGCUGGUGGCCCUGAACCAGUACCUAAAGCACACCAGCGAGGUUACCGUCCACAAGCUGAAAGAUGAGAUCAACGAGGCCGCCAACCGCCUCAGCUUCCUCUUGGACUACGCCACCCUGCCUCACGAUGAUGUGAAGUUGAACAGUAGUGUGUUCCACUGGCCAGAGCAGAUCCUGGCUGUGUUUGAGAUCAGUAAGAGCCGUCUGGCCACCAGGAGAGAACAUGCUGAGGACCACCUCCUCAAGAGGACAGCAGAGUUUGACCAGAUGUUGCAGUGUGUGGGGAAGGAGGUGGAGGCCUUCAAGAAGAAGGAGCUGAUGAGUCUGGAGGAGAUGAAAAACAACGUGGAGAAGCUCAACGAGCUCACCUCCUGUCUGGACGCCGCCGUCACCGAACUGGACGACAUCAACAAAGAGGAGACUCUGCUGGAGAAGGAGCAGAGCCAGUUCCCCAUGCUGCAGACCCUGAUGGGCAACAAGCAGCCCUAUGACCAGCUGUGGACCAAUGCCCUCAACUUCCAGAACAAAUCAGAGAUCUGGAUGAAUGGUCCCUUCCUCCACCUGAAUGCUGAGAAGAUCUCAGAAGAGCUGAUCACAAUGUGGAGGACCAUGUACAAGCUGACCAAGUCCUUCUCCGACCUGCCAGGGCCGCGCCGCAUGGCCGACAGCUUCAAGAUCAAGAUCGACAAAUUCAAGCAGCACCUGCCCAUCCUCACCACCAUCUGUAAUCCAGGCAUCAAGGACCGUCACUGGGAGAGGAUCAGCACCAUCGUGGGCUUCGAUGUCAAGCCAGAUGUGGACACCUCACUGUUUAACAUGGUGGAGCUGGGCCUGUCCAAGUUCUCCGACAAGCUUGAGGAGAUAGGGGCGUCUGCUAGUAAGGAGUACUCUCUGGAGAAGGCCAUGGAGAAAAUGAAAACUGAAUGGGCUGAGCUCCGCUUUGCCUUCACUGCCUACAGAGACACGGGUACGAGUAUUGUAUCUGCAGUGGACGACAUCCAAGUGCUCCUAGACGACCACGUCAUCAAGACCCAGACCAUGCGAGGGUCACCCUUCAUCAAGCCCAUAGAGGCUGACUGUAAGCAAUGGGAGGACAAGUUGCUGAUGAUGCAGGACAUCUUGGACUCCAUGUUGAAGUGUCAAGCUACCUGGCUCUACCUGGAGCCCAUCUUCAGCUCUGAGGACAUCAUCGCCCAGAUGCCUGAGGAGGGACGCAAGUUUGCCAUCGUGGACCGAUACUGGAAAGAUAUCAUCGCCGAGGCGAUGAAGGACACGCGUGUGCUGGUGGCUACAGACCAGGCCAACAUGCUGGGCCGUCUCGAGGAGGCCAAUGUAUUUCUGGAGGACAUCCAGAGAGGCCUCAACACCUACCUGGAGAAAAAGAGACUAUUCUUCCCCAGGUUCUUCUUCCUGUCCAACGAUGAGUUGCUGGAGAUCCUGUCAGAGACAAAGGACCCGAGGCGUGUCCAGCCCCACCUGAAGAAGUGCUUCGAGGGCAUCGCCAAGCUGGAGUUCACCGAGGACAUGGAGAUCACUGGCAUGAUCAGCUCUGAGAAGGAGUUAGUGCCGUUUAGCACCAAGCUCUACCCUGCCAAAGCUAAGGGCAUGGUGGAGAAGUGGCUACAGCAGGUGGAAAGCAUGAUGAUGACCAGCGUUAGAGAUGUCAUCCACAAAGGAGUGGACCAGUAUGUCGAGGUCCCCAGGAAAAAGUGGGUGUUGCAGUGGCCUGGUCAGGUUGUUAUUUGUGCCUCGUCCAUUUUCUGGACCAGUGAGGUCUCUGAGGCCAUCGAGACCAAUACCCUGCACGCCUAUGUGGAUAAGAGCAAUGCCCAAAUAGCUGUCAUUGUGGAGCUGGUGCGUGGGAAGCUGAAUGGAGGGGCCAGAAUGACCUUAGGAUCUCUCACAGUCAUUGAUGUCCACGCUCGGGACGUGGUAGCUAAACUGGCUGAGGACCGUAUCUCCUCCCUGAAUGACUUCUCCUGGAUCAGUCAGCUGAGGUACUUCUGGGAGGACGGAGACGUGCGCCUGCGUAUGAUCACCACCACUGUCAAGUACGGCUACGAGUACCUGGGCAACUCCGGCCGUCUGGUCAUCACCCCACUCACUGACCGCUGCUAUAGGACACUGAUGGGUGCCCUGAAGCUGAACCUGGGAGGAGCCCCCGAGGGCCCUGCAGGGACAGGCAAGACUGAGACCACCAAGGAUCUGGCCAAAGCUCUGGCUAAGCAGUGUGUGGUGUUCAACUGCUCUGACGGCCUGGACUACAAGGCCAUGAGUAAGUUCUUCAAAGGACUGGCACAAUCCGGGGCUUGGGCCUGCUUCGACGAGUUCAACCGAAUCGAAGUGGAGGUGCUGUCUGUGGUGGCCCAGCAGGUGCUGAGUAUCCAGCAGGCCAUUGCUAGGGACCUGAAGACCUUCAUGUUCGAGGGGACCGAGUUGUCCCUCAAUCCCACCUGCUCCGUCUUCAUCACCAUGAACCCUGGCUAUGCAGGCAGAGCCGAGCUCCCAGACAACCUCAAGGUUCUUUUCCGUACGGUGGCUAUGAUGGUGCCUGACUAUGGUCUCAUUGGUGAGAUCUCACUUUACUCUGUGGGCUUUAUCGAGUCUCGUAGUCUUGCCGGGAAGAUUGUGGCAACCUACCGCCUGUGUUCAGAGCAGCUGUCCUCGCAGCAUCACUACGACUAUGGUAUGCGCGCCGUGAAAUCAGUCCUGACUGCCGCGGGGAACCUAAAACUGAAGUACCCGAAGGAGAACGAGAGUGUUCUGCUGCUCAGAGCACUGAUGGACGUCAACAUGGCCAAGUUUCUGGCCCAGGAUGUGCCUCUGUUUCAAGGUAUCAUAUCGGAUCUCUUCCCUGGGGUGGUCCUUCCCAAACCAGACUACGAUCUUCUCAUGCAGGCCCUGAAUGACAACAUCACCAAGCUCCAGCUCCAGCCCGUGCCCUGGUUCAUCGGCAAAAUCAUCCAGGUGUAUGAUAUGAUGCUGGUGCGUCACGGUUUCAUGAUCGUGGGAGACCCUCUGGGUGGGAAGACCUCUGCCUAUAAAGUCCUGGCUGGGGCCCUGGGUGAUCUGUUUGAAGCUGGUCUGAUGGAGGAGUUUGCGGUCGACUACCGGAUCAUCAACCCCAAGGCCAUCACCAUGGGCCAGCUGUACGGUUGCUUCGACCCGGUCAGCCACGAGUGGUCAGACGGGGUGCUGGCCGUCUCCUUCAGGGAGCAGGCCGUCUCCACCUCGGACGACCGCCAGUGGAUCCUCUUCGACGGGCCCAUCGACGCGGUGUGGAUCGAGAACAUGAACACCGUGCUGGACGACAACAAGAAGCUGUGUCUGAUGAGUGGCGAGAUCAUCCAGAUGAGCGCUAAGAUGAGUCUGAUCUUUGAGACGGCCGACCUGGAGCAGGCCUCCCCAGCUACGGUCAGCAGAUGUGGUAUGAUCUACAUGGAGCCUCACCAGUUAGGCUGGGCCCCUCUCAGAGACUCCUACAUGGACACCUUGCCUGAGAGCCUGAGCACUGAACAUAGAGACCUGAUUGUAGACAUGUUCAACUGGCUGGUCCAGCCCUGUCUGGACUUCAUCUCCAGAGAGUGUCGUUUCCUGGUGUCGACAUCCCCCAUCCACCUGGCUUACAGCCUGAUGAGGCUCUACACCUGUCUCCUAGACGACAUUGCGUCAUCGGGGGCCGAUGGCACGGAGCCCAUGUCCAGUCAGCAGGUGACCAUGUGGCUGCAGGGCCUGUUCCUAUUCGCUGUGGUGUGGAGCGUGGGCGGGACCAUCAACGGGGACAGCCGCAAUAAGUUUGACGCCUUCUACAGGAACCUGAUCAUGGGCAUGGAUGACAACCACCCCCGGCCCAAAAGUGUCAAACUGACCAAGAACAACGUUUUCCCUGAGAGAGGCACCAUCUAUGACUACUACUUCCACAAGCAGGGCACAGGGCAGUGGAAUACAUGGACUGAUUCCAUCACCAAGGAGGAGUCCACUAUUGCCGCUGGAGCCAAUGUGUCAGACCUGAUCAUCCCCACCAUGGAGACAGCCCGUCAGCUGUUCUUCCUGCAGACCUACCUGGCCCAUGAGGUGCCCAUGCUGUUCGUGGGGCCCACCGGCACGGGCAAGUCAGUCAUCAACAACAGCUUUCUGCUCAAGCUUCCUAAGGAGCGCUACACACCCAACUGCAUCAACUUCUCGGCACGCACCUCAGCCAACCAGACCCAGGACAUCAUCAUGGGCAAGCUGGACCGCCGGAGGAAGGGCGUGUUUGGGCCACCCAUGGGAAAGAAGUGUGUUGUCUACGUGGAUGACCUCAACAUGCCUGCCAAGGAGAUCUAUGGCGCCCAGCCACCCAUCGAGCUGCUGAGGCAGUGGAUCGACCACUACCACUGGUACGACAAGAAGGACACCUCCAGGAUUGACAUUGUGGACAUUCUGUUCGUAUCCGCUAUGGGGCCCCCUGGUGGGGGGAGGAAUGACAUUACAGGCCGCUUCACUCGUCAUUUGAAUAUUGUUUCUAUCGACUCCUUUGACCAUGAGACGCUGAGCAAGAUAUUCACCUCCAUUACCGACUGGCAUUUUGGCAAGGGAUUUGAUGCUGCUUUCUAUAGACUGGGGAAGAUCAUGGUGCAAGCCACCAUGGCUGUCUAUCAGGAUGCCAUGGAGAGUUUCCUGCCCACUCCCUCCAAGUCCCACUACAUCUUCAACCUCAGGGACUUUGCCAGGGUGAUCCGCGGGGUGCUGCUCAGCCCACCCACGCACCUCCAGGAGGGAGACAAGCUGAUCCGCCUGUGGAUCCAUGAGGUCUACCGUGUGUUCUACGACCGCCUCAUCGACAACGAGGACAGAGAGACAUUCUUCAACAUUGUCAAGGAGAGAACCUCCGGCUACUUCAAGCAGAGCAUGGAUAAGCUGCUGACCCACCUGACGCCUAGCGGCAAGGUUGUGGAUGAGACGAUCCGCAGCCUGUUCUUCGGAGACUACGCCAAGCCCGACUCGGACGCCAAGGCCUACGACGAGAUCACCGACCUGCACGUUCUGACCAACGUCAUGGACUACUACCUGGACGAGUUCAACAACAUCAGCAAGGCACCCAUGUCCCUCGUCAUGUUCAAGUUUGCCAUCGAGCACAUCUCGCGUAUCUGCCGUGUGCUCAAGCAGGACAACGGGCAUCUUCUCCUGGUGGGCAUCGGGGGCUCAGGACGGCAGAGCGCCACCAAGCUGGGCACCUUCAUCAACGAUUACGACCUCUUCCAGAUUGAACUAACCAAGAACUACGGAGUGUCGGAGUGGCGCGACGACCUAAAGCGGUUGAUGCUGAAGGCGGGCCUGCAGGGCAAGAACAUGGUGUUCCUGUUCAAUGACAGCCAGAUCAAGGACGAGGCCUUUGUGGAGGACAUCAACAUGCUGCUCAACACAGGCGACGUGCCCAACAUCUUCCCAGCCGACGAGCGCGCAGACAUCAUUGACAAGGUACAGGGUAUCGCACGCGUGGAGGGCAAGAAGAUCGACGCAACACCACUCUCCAUGUACAACUUCUUCAUCGAGCGUGUCAAGGCAAACCUUCACAUUGUGCUCGCAAUGAGCCCGAUUGGGGAUGCCUUCCGAAACCGGUUGAGGAUGUUCCCCUCCCUCAUCAACUGUUGCACCAUCGACUGGUUCCAGGCCUGGCCUAAAGACGCUCUGGAAAUGGUGGCCAACAAGUUCCUGGAGGACGUGGAGCUGGAGGAUAACGUCAGGCUACAUGUGGUGGAGAUGUGUAAAACCUUCCAGGAGAGUGUGGGAGGUUUGUCCGAGAGGUACUUCUCUCAACUCAGGAGACACAACUAUGUGACGCCAACGUCGUACCUGGAGCUCAUUCUCACAUACAAGGUCCUGCUCAACUCCAAGAGGAGUGAGGUGGACACUCAGAGAAACCGCUACAUUGUGGGUCUGGAGAAACUGUACUUUGCUGCAUCUCAGGUAUCGAUAAUGCAGGAGGAGCUGACCGCUCUGCAGCCAGAGCUGAUCCAGACAUCAGCUGAGACAGAUAAGAUGAUGGUCAACAUUGAGAAGGAGACGGUAGUCGUGGAUGCUAAGAAAGAGCUGGUGUUGGCAGACGAGAAGGUGGCCAACGAUGCUGCUGCAGCAGCCAAAGCUAUAAAGGAUGAGUGUGAGGGUGACCUGGCGGAGGCCAUGCCUGCCCUUGAGGCUGCCUUGUCAGCCCUGGACACCCUGAAACCCUCAGACAUCACAGUGGUCAAGUCCAUGUCGAACCCUCCAGGUCUAGUCAAACUGGUCAUGGAGUCCAUCUGCAUCAUGAAAGGCAUCAAGCCAGAGAGGAAGCCCGAUCCUGGUGGCUCAGGUAAGAUGAUUGAGGACUUCUGGGGCCCCUCCAAGAAGCUCCUGGGAGACAUGAAAUUCCUGGAGAACCUCAAAGCCUAUGACAAAGACAACAUCGCUGCCGCCAACAUCAAGAAGAUCCGCGACAAAUUCAUCGACAACCCCGAGUUCCAGCCCUCCAUCAUCAAGAACGUCUCCUCUGCCUGUGAGGGCCUUUGUAAGUGGGUGCGGGCCAUGGAGGUGUACGAGCGUGUGUCCAAAGUGGUGGCCCCCAAGAUAGAGAAGCUGAAGGAGGCUGAGGACGAGCUUGGGGUGCAGAUGCAGAUGCUGUCCGUGAAGAGAGCUGAGCUGAAGGAGGUGGUGGACAAGCUCCAGGACCUGAACAACACGUUCGAGGCCAUGUGCAACAAGAAGAAAGACCUGGAAGAAAACAUUGAGCUGUGCUCCCAGAAGUUGAUCAGGGCAGAGCAGCUGAUUGGAGGGCUGGGUGGGGAGAAGGACAGGUGGACGGAGGCUGCCCGGUUGCUGGGGAUCAGGUACACCAACCUGACAGGCGACGUGCUCCUCUCCUCCGGCACCGUGUCCUACCUGGGGGCCUUCACCGUGGACUACCGUGUGGAGUGCCAGCGGGAGUGGCAUCUGCUCUGCCAGGCCAAGAAGGUGCCAUGCUCCGAGGACUUCACCCUCAGCAACACCCUGGGCAACCAGGUGUCCAUCCGGGCAUGGCAGAUCGCUGGCCUGCCCGUCGACUCCUUCUCCACUGACAACGGAAUCAUCGUGUCCAACUCACGCCGCUGGCCCCUCAUGAUCGACCCACAGGGCCAGGCCAACAAGUGGAUCAAGAACAUGGAGAAGGCCAACAAGCUGGCCGUCAUCAAGCUGUCAGACGGCAACUAUGUGAGAACACUGGAGAACUCCAUCGCGUUCGGCACCCCUGUUUUGCUGGAGAACGUUGGAGAAGAACUUGAUGCAGUACUGGAACCGGUGCUGCUGAAACAGACCUUCAGACAACAAGGUGUGGAGUACAUGAAGCUAGGUGAGAACAUUGUGGAGUACUCCAAAGAUUUCCUCUUCUACAUGACCACCAGCCUGAGAAGCCCUCACUACCUCCCCGAGGUGGCGGUUAAAGUCUGCCUGCUAAACUUCAUGAUCACCCCACUGGGUUUGGAGGACCAGCUUCUGGGCAUCAUGGCCGCCAAGGAGAAACCAGAACUAGAAGAGAAGAAGAACCAGCUGAUCCUGGAGAGUGCUGCCAACAACAAGCAGCUGAAGGAGAUUGAGGAUAAAAUCCUCAAAAUCCUGUCUUCCUCAGAGGGUAACAUCCUAGAAGACGAAACGGCCAUCAAGGUCCUGUCUUCCUCCAAGGUGCUGUCUGAGGAGAUCUCGGAGAAGCAGAAGAUUGCUAGUGUCACAGAGAAGGAGAUUGACGACACUCGCAUGGGCUACCGGCCUGUGGCCGAGCACUCGUCCAUCCUGUUCUUCUGCAUCUCGGAGCUGGCCAACAUAGAGCCCAUGUACCAGUACUCGCUCACCUGGUUCAUCAACCUCUACCUGCAGUCCAUCGCCCAGAGCUUGAAGAGCGACGACCUGGCCACCCGCAUCGAGAACAUUGUGGAGCAUUUCACCAUCAGCAUCUAUAACAACGUGUGCCGAUCGCUCUUCGAGAAGGACAAGCUGCUCUUCUCCUUGCUCCUCACCGUGGGCAUCAUGCAAGGCAAGGGCCAGGUGGACGACACCAUCUGGCGCUUCCUCCUCACCGGUGGCAUCACUCUGGACAACCCCGACCCCAACCCCGCUCCUGAGUGGCUAUCCGACAAGUCCUGGUCAGAAAUCGUAAGAGCAUCCAAGCUGCCAAACUUAGAAGGUCUCUUCGAGCACGUCCGAGACAACAUUCCCAAGUGGAAGAAGAUCUACGAUUCGGGGAAGCCUCAUAAGGAGCAGCUGCCUGACAGCUGGAGGAUGCUGGUGGGGAUGCACCGCAUGGUGGUGCUGCGCUGCUUCAGGCCGGACAAGCUGGUUCCGGCGGUGCAAGAGUUCAUUGUGGACAACAUGGGGCGCAGCUACAUUGAGCCCCCGACCUUUGACCUGGCCGGGAGUUACAACGACUCCAACUGCUGCUCUCCUCUCAUCUUUGUGCUCUCUCCAGGAUCUGAUCCCACUGCGGGUCUGCUAAAGUUUGCUGACGACCUUGAAAUGGGGGGCAGUAAAACCCAGACCAUCUCCCUGGGCCAGGGCCAGGGGCCCAUCGCAGCCCUGAUGAUCAAUGCUGCCAUCAAGGAUGGCACCUGGGUGGUGCUACAGAACUGUCAUCUGUGCACCAGCUGGAUGCCCGCCCUGGAGAGGAUCUGUGAGGAGGGCAUCACCCCCGAAAACACCAACCCCACCUUCAGGUUGUGGUUGACCAGUUACCCGUCUGACAAGUUCCCAGUCAGCAUCCUGCAGAACGGGGUGAAGAUGACCAACGAGCCGCCCAAGGGGAUGAGGGCCAACCUGUUCCGCUCCUACGUCAGCGACCCCAUCUCCGACCCCGCCUUUUUCAACAGCUCCAAGAAACAGGAGGCGUGGCAGAAGCUGCUGUUUGGUCUCUGCUUUUUUCAUGCUCUGGUGCAGGAGAGGAGGACCUUCGGACCUCUAGGUUGGAAUAUCCCGUAUGAGUUCAAUGAGUCUGACCUGAGGAUCAGUAUGACGCAGAUCCAGAUGUUCCUGGAUGAGUAUGAGGAGAUUCCUCUGGAGGCCCUCUCCUACCUAACUGGUGAGUGUAACUACGGUGGCAGGGUGACGGACGACAAGGACAGGCGUCUGCUGGUGUCUCUACUGUCCAUCUUCUACAGCAGGGAGCUGAUUGAGCAGGAGGGCUACCACGUGUGUGAGGGAGACAUGUACUAUAUCCCCCCUCACGGACCGUACCAGACCUAUGUUGAUUACAUCCGCAACCUACCCAUCGCGGCGGAACCUGGCGUGUUUGGACUCCACAGCAAUGCUGACAUCACCAAGGACAACCAGGAGACCAAUCAGCUGCUGGAUGGAGUGCUGCUGACACUUCCCAGGCAGACUGGAGGCGGGGCUAAAUCCCCUCAGGAAGUGGUUGAUGAGCUUGCAGAAGACAUCCUGUCCAAGCUGCCAGCAGACUUUGACAUCCAGAUGGUGAUUAACAAAUACCCAGUGAUGUAUGAGGAGUCCAUGAACACUGUGCUGAGACAGGAACUGAUCCGCUUCAACAGGUUAACUCAGGUGGUACGCAUCAGCCUGAUAAACAUUGGAAAGGCUCUCAAGGGUCAGGUGGUGAUGUCUUCUGAGCUGGAGAACGUCUUCAACAGUAUGGUGGUGGGCAAGGUGCCAACCAUGUGGUCGGCUAAGUCCUACCCGUCUUUGAAGCCUCUGGGCAGCUACGUGUCCGACCUCCUCGCCAGGCUAAAGUUUCUACAGGACUGGAUCAACAAUGGGCCACCACCAGUCUUUUGGCUCUCUGGGUUCUACUUUACUCAGUCCUUCCUCACAGGAGUAUCUCAGAACUUUGCCCGAAAGUAUACCAUCCCCAUCGACUUCAUCGGCUUUGAAUUUGAGAUGACCAAGCAAGAGACCCACAUGGAGAACAAGCCAGAUGAUGGGGCCUAUGUGAAGGGGUUCUUCCUGGAGGGGGCACGCUGGGACCGGGAGAAGAUGGUCAUAGGAGAGUCCCUCCCCAAGAUCCUCUUCGACCCCCUGCCCAUCAUCUGGCUCAGGCCAGGAGAGAUGUCAAAGUUCCUGCAUGAGAACAUCUACGUGUGUCCCGUGUACAAGACCAGCGCCCGGCGCGGAACCCUGUCCACCACGGGCCACUCCACCAACUACGUAAUGCCUAUCGAGCUUCCCUCCGACCGGCCGCAGAAACAUUGGAUCAACCGCGGGGUGGCCUGUCUGUGCCAGCUGGAUGACUAGGCACAGCUCUGCAGACAUCUUGCAGGAUGUUAGAUAUGAGAGACAGACAACCAACUCACUCCUUUUAAAUAGCUAUUAAAGGCAGAAUUGUAUGCUGGAUAUUUUCAACUCGAUUUCUUGAUAUUUUUGAAGAUUGCACAGGCUGUCAUAUAGCCUGGGUACCAGUCUCUUUAGCUAACAUUCCACUCCUUGACACUCCUUGUCAUUGCCAAAGAGACUGGCCUCUCAACGUUCAAUAUGCAGCCCGAUUUACGGCACAGUUGCUGGUUGGUUGUUGGAAACAACAUUCAUAUUUUCCAUGACAAUGUUAUGGAACAUAGGGCAAAUUUGGCACAAUAUAGAAUUAUAAUUUAAACAACGGCAACAAACAAAACCGUUACGACCUGCUGCGGUAAUUUCCUGGUGAGAAGCCGUGUCAAUGCAAGAUCAUGUUGUUCAAAUUGGCUAGAGAGGACUCCAUAAUGAGAGUGAAAUGAUGAUGCGUAAAAUAUUAGCCCACAAGAGUCAAUCGAGCUAUGUUUGCUUCAGUUGCAUCCCAUUAAUGAGAGGAAAGAAACGCAAAACUGGCACCUGUCGUCAAUGUUUUGUACAACCAGUUUGGUCACUUAUUUUGAGCAACUAAAAAGAAUAUACACUACCGUUCAAAAGUUUGGGGUCACUUAGAAAUGUCCUUGUUUUUGUAAGAAAAGCAACAACAAAAAAUGUCCAUUAAAAUAACAUCAAGUUGAUCAGAAAUACAGUGUAGACAUUGUUAAUGUUGUAAAUGACUAUUGUAGCUGGAAACGGC